UGUAAGUAUUUACUUUCAAGAAAGCAAGAGAGGUGGAACUGCUGCUAAUGAGGGCAGCUCAGAUGCAAAAUGAAGAUUCACCAGCAGUGUUCUUUUACUUCAUCUUUUGUGAUUCUGUUUAUAUUGCAGAUGCUGCCCAAAAGGAUGAGGUAGACUGCAGUGAAUACAGGAGGUUAGAGAGAGGAAGACCUAUUUACUGCGAAAAGCUCUACGAACCUUUUUGUGGCUCUGAUGGGAAAACAUAUAACAACAAAUGUUCUUUCUGCAAGGCAGUCCUGAAGAGCAGAGGAGCCUUACAUAUGAAGCAAGCAGGUGUAUGCUGAAUUAAUUCUGCAUGACAGAGAAGAAUGCCAAGAACAGCUUUACACUGCCUUAUCAUGAUCUCCUAAUUUAAUUUCAUUCAUCCUGUACUAAUAAAAAAGAACAGAUCUCCAUGUACACCUUUCAGCUGUGCUCUGAUGUCUGCUGCUUCUCCCUGCUCUGGAGCGCAGGGGCUGACACAUCUGUCAUCCCUGCAAAUCUUCCUCUGGAUACCCAUAAGCAUUCCUCUUUCUGCAGCAUGUUGGUUUUCACGUGAGCACUGCAUGAUGCAUUUGUCUCCAUAGUGAAAGUUCAGAUCCCUACAUUGCCACCUGCAGGCACUGCUCAGUUUUCCUUGCUGGAGCUUGCUCCCACUCGCUCUUUUCAGACGCUUCCUUUCAAAAGCUUCAGCUUCCCAAUGAAGCGCUCAGGCUCCUCCAGUUUUGUAGCUAAAUUUUUGAUUCUCCUUUUUCUUUUGACUUUGUACAAUUCUGAUUCACAUACGUUGUGUAACUUCUUAGAUUGCAU